CGAACCCAGGUCUCCUACAUUGCAGGCAGACGCUUUACCGUCUGAGCCACCAGGCACCGAGCACCGUCUACAGCUUUACAGUAAGAGAACUGGAGCACAGGCUCAAGGAGAGGGAGCUAAAAUCGGGCCUGGUGAGGUUUCAGUUUGGGGGAACAGAGAAGAGAGAGACAGUUUUAGGUAGAGGCUUUCUGGGCAAGCACCAAAGAACUUACGUGUCUGCUGUCGUAUAAGACUGGGGUGGGGCCGACUUGCCCCGGAAACUAGGACACCCAGUCACGGGAAGGGGGCGGGGCCACGCCCAAGGCGCCUCUGUUGCCUCCGGCGCUCCCAGGCUUCUGCGCCUGCGCACGGCAGUCCGCCCCGCCCCUCACCCGUUAGCCGCGCCGGCCAGGUCUGGACAUGGUGCUCUCUGAGCUGGCCGUGCGCCUCAACUGCGCCGAGUAUAAGAACUGGGUGAAAGCGGGCUACUGUCUUUUGCUGCUGCGUGGCUGUUUGCAGGGCUUCGUCGGCCGCGAGAUGCUCGCCUUCCACAGCAGGCUGCUCGCCGCCGCCCCCGGCCUGGGCCCCCGCGCCGCCUGCAGCGGCGGCUCGCGGUGCAGCCCUCGCGCCCGCCAGUUUCAGCCUCAGUGUCAGGUGUGCGCAGAGUGGAAACGGGAGAUUUUGAAACAUCACACCAACAGAAAUGGAGACGUCCACUGGGGAAACUGCCGGCCGGCCUUGUGGCCGGUCGACGCCUGGGAGGUGGCCAAGGCCUUCAUGCCCCGAGGACUGGCAGACAAAACGGGACCCGAGGAAUGUGACGCAGUUGCUCUUCUGAAUCUCAUCAACUCCUGUGAUCACUUUGUGGUUGAUCGAAGAAAAGUCACAGAGGUGAUUAAGUGUCGUAACGAGAUCAUGCACUCUUCAGAGAUGAAAGUAUCUUCUGUAUGGCUACGAGAUUUUCAGAUGAAGAUCCAAAAUUUUCUAAAUGAAUUCAAAAAUAUCCCAGAGAUUGUGGCGGUAUACUCCCAAAUAGAAGAGCUGUUGACAUCUGACUGGGCUGUUUACAUCCCUGAGGAAGAUCAGCGAGAUGGGUGUGACAAAGGAGUUUACCUGAGUGAGAGCCAAGUGAAUGAGAUAGAAAUGGAAUUACUAAAGGAAAAACUUCAAGAGCUCUAUCUUCAAGUAAAAGAACAAGAGGUGUUGCCUGAAGAGAUCUUAAACCAACUGGAAGUGGUGAAAGAAUUUCUAAGAAACAAUGAGGAUCUUAGAAAUGGUCUGACAGAAGAUAUGCAGAAGCUAGACAGCCUCCAUCAACAGCAUCUAAAACCAGAUUCAAAGGAACCUGGGGUGUAGACACCUGAAGGGAAGGCCUGAGGUCGACCUUCCACAAAGAUCAGGCGUGUUCUGUGAAAGUCGCCCAGGCUUCCAUCUCAGGCAUCCUUUUCUGGGCAAAAGGAAAAACUAUCCCGAGUACUCCACUCAAACAAAAAGGGAUUUGUGUUGUCUUUUCCUGGACUUUCCUUUGACUCUUCGGGAGUAUUUUUUUUUUUUUUUUUUUAA